AUGGAUAACAGUAAAGACUACGUUGGAAUCCAGAUUUAUAAUGGGUCCUACUUUUAUUACUUAAACAAGCAGUUUGAUCUGUUGGAAACUGUUUUCUUUAUUUUGCGAAAGAAAUUUAACCAAGUAACGUACUUGCACUUGUUUCAUCACAUAUCCGUGAGCUCUGGAUCGUGGUAUGGCACCAAAUACUAUCCAGGAGGAAAUCCGGUAGUAUCUGGUUUACUAAAUUCUGCAGUCCACAUCCUCAUGCACACGUACUACACUAUGUCUCUUUUAAAAAUCAAGAAAUUUAUGCGACUGAAGAAGUAUAUUACGCAG